AUGACUUCUAGAGUAAGGUGGAGUUCCAUGCCUAGGGUUCCCAGAUUACAAGAUGAGGAAGAUAAUGACUGGAUUGAGAAUGGAUAUGAGGAUAGUGAUGGGUCUCUGUCUGCAGAUGAUAAUGAUGGACUUGAUUGUAGAAAAAGGGGUCCCAACCACGGUAGCAACAUUUGUGCAGAUGAAACUGGAAGAAUUCCUUUAACUGUGGGAGACAAUAGAUUCAUUACUAUCUCGGCAUCAUGUUCUAUAAGUACCAAUUUGAAAGCAUACUUGGGAGGACCUUAUCCUACAUUUAGUUUCGUGUCGGUUGACACAAAAAAAGUUCUCCUGGGAAAGAUUCCAGACGAAUCCUUAGACCUUGACAAUCACAUACGAAGCGUGUACCAAUAUUGGCUAAAAGCAAAGAAUGCGGGUUAUAGUAUUAGUGACCGAUGGACAAUAGGCCAUUUGAUAGAAACUCUUACACCUUGUGAUAAACGUAUCGAGAAGCUUAUACAAGAAAAUAUGCUAUCUCAAAUUUUGGAAAGUGAACCUAAGGAACCUGACUUUGAGGGUUUUUGCAAUGCCAAUGUGCAUAAUUGGGAGACUAUGAUUGGUGAUGUUAUCACUCACUCAAGAUCCGAAUCGACAGGUACUUUAGAUAACGAAGUUGGACAACCAAUUGUGGCAAAUGCUAACGAAGAUGAAAAAUAA